AUGCCCUUACAAGCGAUGUUAGGACACAAUAUACGAGCGAGAACUGUUCGAGGUUCGAGCCAUAAGGUAAAACCUACAUGUGGGAGGCCGAGGCCAUUGGGACUUAGCUUCGAAAAGAAAUGGGGAGAUUAGUAUUUUUGCGGCGGUUACUUUGGGAUAAUGAAGUAGGUAGGGCCUAAAGGAGGAUUGGCCGAGAAGGACAUGAACGAUGUCGAAGGUCAGAAAGUUAUGUUUGCCAACCAAAUGGAUAUAGACGAAGAAGAGGUUGCUAUCUACUUCAAUGAUAGUAGCGAUACCUACCACUUUUAGUAUUUUUGUCAAUUCACCUUUGGUUCCAAAAAUACUUCUACAUAUUGCAAACCGCAAACACAAAAAAAUUCUCCUAAUGAGUUAUUUUUGAUGGACCCUCUUCAUUUCCCUAAUGGUCUUUGCUUAAGCAAAAAUGGUUCGUUCGUGCUUUCAUGUGAGGUCCCAACACAAGUUUUGCAUCGGUAUUGGGCCAAGGGACCAAAAGCCGGGACCCGUGACAUAUUCGCGAACCUCACUGGCAACGCUAGUAGCCUAUUAACUUUAAUUAGGACCGAGACAGGGGAUUUCUCGGUUACCUUGCAUUCCAAGAAAACUCCAUUUUCUAGGUUAUCCGUGAUCCACCUCAUCGAUUUGAAAAUUCUUCACUAAGACGUUGAAGAUGGGGCUGUUUCACGCGUGAAACUUUUCGGCAAUACCGGAGAGCUUAUGGAGAUUAUUGAGGAUAGUGAAAGGAAGAAUAUGAAGUUUAUAAGUGAGGUUCAAGAAAGAGAUGAUAGGCUCUGGUUUGGGUUCUCGACCGUCAGUGAUUUUAACGGUGACAUUAUUAAAAAACUUCACAAGAAAUCCGGAAUUGGUGAGUCUAAGGACCGGCCUGCGCAGUCGGCUAAGCAGGAUUAG